CAGUGAAGGGUGUGGCUUUGGUGGGGGGGGCUGCAAAAACGUGGGGAUGGGUGUCACUACAUGAGACCACACUCACUCACUGCUGACUGUUGAAGUUGAACAGAGAAGAGGGGAAGAGCGAGAGAGAACAGAGCAGGAAAAACAGGGAGCACAGCAGUACCAGCCAGUCGCUUUGGAACAAGCCAUUUGAUUUCACACCUCACAGCUUUACUAUUAAGACCCUGUAUAGGAGUUAUUUUGAGAGGACCUCUAGAUGGACCACAUCAACCCAAACUGUUUGUGACUUGGGGAGUGUGGAUUCUCUCUCAUUGGACACUGGCUCUGGAUCAUUGACCUCUGAGAAGAGAGGACCUGAGGGGGAACAUCGGCAAGAUGUCUCUCAGUUGGCUCAGGAAGGCUGCGGAUGUCCUCCAGAACCACCCAGCCAUCUUGUUCGCCCUCUCCACCCUGGUGGUGGUGAGCGACCUCACAGCCGCAUUCCUUAGCCACAGCUCCUUCAGACACCACUUCCACCUGGUACUCUCCUUCCUGCUGCUGUCUGGGCCUGCCCUGAAAAUGUGGGUCUCCAAGUACAGUGUAUUCGCUAACAAGAACCACUACCUCUACAGAAUGUUCCUGAGUUCUGGUUGGGGCUGGACCUGCGUGCUCGCUGGAUCCUUCAUGUUCCUGCUCUCCUUCUCCAUCCGCCGCUCCCUGUUUCUCUCCCUCCGUCACCUCAGUCGGCUGGCUGCAGCCAGUGCUGUGUGGCUGGGCCUCCGCUGGCUCUUAACCUCCCUGGAAGACGCCUCUGGCAGCUGUUUCGAGCCUCUCAGCACCGCUCUGAAAGCCUGCAUGGAGGCCACAUCUCCUGGGGAAGGCUCAAGAUUGCUGCUCCGGGACGGGGAGAGUAAGAUGAGCUGCCUGCGCGCCGGGUUCCAGUGGCGCGGCUGCGAGGUAUCCCAGGAGGCUCUCCUGCUGUGCCUGUGCAGCCUGUUGCUAUUGGAAGAGGUGUCUGUGUUUGGCCGGUGCGUGCGCACCCCGGGAGCCCCCCUCCGACUGCUCUUCCUGCUCUGCGUCUCCCUGCUUGGACUGUGGGUCUUUCAGCUCCUCUGCCUACUGGCUCACUUCUCGCAGUUCCACUCCCAGCUAAUUGGGGGCGCUCUAGGUUGCCUGGCCUGGAGAGUGCUCUACCGGGGUUGGUUUAGAUUGGACCCAAGCUGGUGCAGUCCGGGAAGGCCCAUCAGUGGACUAGUAGCUCCCACAGAACGGAAAGGAGAGGUGAAGAAUGGACAUGGAGAGAUGUUUUUCUAAUGCGAGUUGUUUAAGUCAGGUUUUUAAAAUGGUUACUACAGCUGACAGACUUUUAGAAUUGCAGGGAGACUGAGAAAAAUCUCCAGGAUGUACAUGGGUGGGAAACAUCAGUCUUUACAGGGAACAUUGUGGAGAUUCCAAACAGUAAUAAAACUGAACUGAUCAGAACAAUAUUAUAAUAUAAGAUAACAAAAUCAAGAGUAAUAUAAUAAUUGUUUUAUUUUGUAAAUGGCAUUAAAGCAUUCUAAUACAGCACAGUGGUUUCUGAAACUGAAAAUGACUAUGAGCACUUUCUCACUGCUAAAGGGAUCAAAUGGCAUCUCAAAACGACACAUAAGAAGGUAUGUUUCACUUCC